CCGGGGCAGGGAGGCCAGACUCAGUCCCCGCCUGGUGUGCGCGCCAUCAGCAGCAUGAGGCGAGGGGCGAGGAGCCUCAAGGGCAGGGACGGGUCGGCGCCCACGCAGUGCGUCCAGGCCGAGUGCUUCGACCCGCUGGUCCGCAACUGCGUGGCCUGCAGGCUCCUCCGGACGCCCGAGCCUAGACCGGCAGCCGCGGGGAGCAGCCUGGCGCCUGGCACGGCUCUGCAGCCGGAGGAGUCGGUGGGCGCGGGGGUCGCCGAGGCCGAGGCCACGCUGCCGCUCCCCGCGCUACUCUUCGGCGCCCCCGCGGGGCUGGGGCUGGCGCUGGCCCUGGUGCUGGUGGGCCUGGUGAGCUGGCGGUGGCGGAGGCGGCGGCUCGGCGGGGUGGCUGCCCCCGAGGCCCCGGACGGAGACCAGGACGAGGCCCUGGACAAUGUCAUCAUCGUCUCCCCUGGACUGCUUGAUGCCAAAACUCCCGUCUGGCCUCCACCCAGAGAAGACCCAGAUGCCACCCCACCUGCCCACAGUGUCCCUGUGCCAGCCACAGAGCUGGGCUCCACUGAGCUGGUGACCACCAAGACGGCUGGCCCUGAACAACAGUAGCGAUGGAGGGGGCAGGAGGUGGCCCUUGCUCUCCCUGUGAAUUUGGCUAUUCACACCAGCACCCACCUGCCCAUUUUCUGGGAGCCAGGCUGCUCCUUCACUAACCCUGCAGAACCACAGACACCACAGACCACAGGGUUCAGCUGGCAUAGCAUCAUAUGGCACGUUAGCAUUUGGCUUAAAACCAUACCAUUUUUGGCAGCCCUCGAAGGUUGUGGCUGAGCUCCUGUGUUUUUGAGUGGUUAAGGCACUUUGAGUAGCAGGUUUUCCUUUUAGAGUGGGAAAGCCACCAUUAAGCCAGAAUGAAUCUAGGUAAAGGACCAAGUGAUAUAGGAUGCUUAAUUUGUAGCUAGGUGUUAUAUUUUUUUUAAUACUUGCUCUCUGAGCUGUUCUGCUUUUAACCUGAUGCAAAUGGCAGCAAUGAGUAACCAACUGACAGGUUUGCUUUGGGAUUUAGUACAAGAUGAUUUUUAGAAAUAGCCUAGAUUGUGCUGAUUCUUGUGUAUCUGUACCCUAGGGUCAACCUUGAGCUUGGCCCAAUCUGCUAGGACCUAUGAUGCCAUUUUCUCCCUGGAGGCAGCUUCCAGAGCCCAAGGCUUACACUUGGGAGGAAGUCUACAGCCUCUGGGGCUGGACUGCAAGCUCAUGCUGAAGGCACACUGGCAGACAUCUCCCUCAGAGAUCACUGGGGUCCCAGUUGCCUCCAAGGCACACUCAGCUGUACGCAGGGCAGGGCUCAGGACCUACAGGAGGCUCCUUUGUACAGAGGCCAGGGCAGGCCUGUGGCCUUGAACCAGCUGGACCUGAUGUCCCUUGAGCUCCCUUCUCUCUGUGGCCUGCCCUCCUCAAGCACUAGGCUCUGAGUGCUGGGGCCACUUGGCCGUACUGUGCCAGCCCCUGGAGUCACCCACCAUCCCAGUGGAACUACUCCUCUGACAGCAGUGUCCCUUGUUUGGGGCCUGGAGUGAAGACCUUCUCUUUCAGUACUGGACCACACUGUACACUUGGUCAGCUGCUUCCUCUCCUGCUGGCUCUCCGACACAGGGUUAAAACCUCCUGACCUGGACUCUGCCCUGGACAGUGUCCUUGGAACUUGUCACGGCUUAGCACCCUUGGAAGGAGCACUGGACUGGGAGUCAGAAGAUGGAGUUCUGGGUACCAUUUUCUCCCACUGUAGGGCCUUGGACACGUUCUGUUCCAUGCAUGAGAUGCUUUCUGCCUACCCUUUCCUGACCUGCCCAUCAGAGCUGCCUGGCAGACACCUGCCCUUCCUGUCCACCCCUUUCCCAACUCAGAAGACAGCGGCCAGCAGCUUUGGAGCCCCCAAGAUCUGGACACUCACAUCGAGGUCUCUUCCUAGCUGUUCCCUCCCUGAGCCCAUCUCAGAUGCCCCUCCCCCCAGGCUGCCAGGUGGCUGGAGUGAGGUCAGGUGG